GCAGAUGAGGCGAUAGAGAUUGGAGAGUUGGGAUUUUCUGCUGCCAGAAGGACCAUCGAACGGGUGGACAGAAGGAUAAAGCAAGAAGCCACCACGUACUUUCAGAGGUAUACUCUGCUCAGUGAUGAGCUGGCAUUGCCUGGCAAUCAGGAAGGGAGAGGUGGAACAACUGACUGCCCAGCUCGCAGAAGAAAAGACUGAGAAUAAGGCUUGGAGAAUUCGCCUGGAAGCGAAAGAAGCUGAGUGGGAGAAAAAACUCAAGGAGAUGUCAGCUGCGGUGGAAAGACCUUCGGCCACCAAGGUGGUCGAUUGGACUGAACAGAGCAGGUAUGACAUUCAGGGCGAAGGGAUGCAGGGACUGUUUGGCCAGGGGGAGGCAGCAGGGACAUCACAACAAGAGAAAUUAGGGAAGGUGUUUCUGGACCCGACAGAGGUAGACGCGAGGAGAGAGGCUAACAAAGGAAGCUUUGAGUUCAAGGCUCCCACUGAGUUAGCCUCGCAGCAAGAGGCCCCUAUUUCAGCAAGCGCCCCUAUGGAGACGCCAUCUCAGGAGCCCCAGCCUGCAUCGACAAAGGAAGAAGCGGCAGAAGAGUCGCUAGCGAUCCUUUUGGAAGCACAGGAAGAGACCCCUAUUGGAACAGUGGUAACCCCUCAGCCUGAGGCACAAGGGAAAGAGUCAUCUCGCCUAGACGAGUUGGUAGCCGCCAUGGAAGUAGAUAUGCCACCCGAGAGGCCUCAGAGGCUGGAGACCCCGGAGUACGUGCCAGAAAUGAGGGAGUUGAGGAUACAGUUGGGCUCCUGGGUCACUGGGACCGAGGACAGGUCACUGAGCGACAGCAGCAGGAGGCCAUGAGCCAGCCUGCAAGGGCAGCUACCCCCCAGACUUCGGAGCCUCGCGAGAGUGAGGAGGUGGCUGUAACAGAAAGAACCCACAGGCCACUGAGAUUGGAUACCCCCGA